GCCAGCGGGGCCGGCCGGGACGCGGGGGGGAAGCGGCGGUCGCGGUCGCGGAGCGAUGUUGCAGCUGUGCGUCCCCCGCGGGGGCCGGGCCCUCCUGGGGGUGCGGCUGCUGCGGGGUCCCCCCGGGACCACCCGUCCCGUCAGCUACCAGCCCAUCCGCAAGGUCCUGGUGGCCAACCGGGGUGAGAUCGCCAUCCGGGUGUUCCGGGCAUGCACGGAGCUGGGGAUCCGGACGGUGGCCGUCUACUCGGAGCAGGACACGGGGCAGAUGCACCGGCAGAAAGCGGACGAGGCUUAUCUGGUGGGGCGGGGGCUGCCCCCCGUCCAGGCGUACCUCCACAUCCCCGACAUCAUCCGCGUCGCCCAGGAGAAUGGGGUGGACGCCAUCCACCCGGGAUACGGGUUCCUAUCGGAGCGAGCCGACUUCGCCCAGGCCUGCCUGGAUGCGGGGGUCCGGUUUGUGGGACCCCCCCCCGCCGUCGUCCGCAAGAUGGGGGAUAAAGUGGAGGCUCGCGGCAUCGCCAUCGCUGCCGGAGUACCGGUGGUGCCGGGGACGCCGGCGCCGGUGUCGGCACUGUCGGAGGCGCAGGACUUCGCCCACCGGGUCGGUUUCCCCGUCAUCUUCAAGGCGGCUUACGGCGGCGGCGGCCGCGGAAUGCGGGUGGUCCGCUCCCCCCAGGAGCUGGAGGAGAGCUUCUCCCGCGCCUCCUCGGAGGCUUUGGCCGCCUUUGGCAACGGGGCCCUUUUCGUGGAAAAAUUCAUCGAGCGCCCACGGCACAUCGAGGUCCAGAUCCUGGGGGACCAGCACGGGAACGUGGUCCACCUCUACGAGCGGGAUUGCUCCAUCCAACGCCGGCACCAGAAGGUGGUAGAAAUCGCCCCGGCCGCCCGCCUGCACCCCGAGCUCCGUGCCCGCCUGGCCAGCGACGCCGUCCGCCUCGCCCAGCAGGUGGGCUACGAGAACGCGGGGACGGUGGAGUUCCUGGUGGACCAGAGCGGGGGUUACUACUUCAUCGAAGUCAACUCCCGGCUGCAGGUGGAGCACACGGUCACCGAAGAGAUCACCGACGUGGACCUGGUCCACGCGCAGCUGCAGGUGGCGGCGGGUCGGUCGUUGCCGGAGCUGGGGCUGCGCCAGGAGAGCAUCCGGGUGAACGGCUGCGCCAUCCAGUGCCGCGUCACCACCGAGGACCCUGCCCGCGGCUUCCAGCCCGACACCGGACGCAUCGAGGUGUUCCGCAGCGGCGAGGGGAUGGGGAUCCGCCUGGACGGGGCCUCGGCUUUCCAGGGGGCCCUGAUCUCCCCCCACUACGACUCGCUGCUGGUGAAAGUGGUGGCCCACGGCCCCGACCAGCCGGCCGCCGCCGCCAAGAUGAGCCGGGCCCUGGCCGAGUUCCGAAUCCGCGGGGUGAAGACGAACAUCCCGUUCCUGCAGAACGUCCUGGCCCACCCCCAGUUUUUGGGGGGUGCCGCCGACACCCAGUUCAUCGACGAGAACCCCGAACUCUUCCACCUCCGCCCCGGCCAGAAUCGGGCCCAGAAGUUGCUUCACUAUCUGGGUCACGUGAUGGUGAACGGCCCCAGCACCCCGCUCCCCGUCAAGGCGAAGGCGGCGCUGGUGGAGCCCACCCCCCCCCCCGGACCUCCCCCGGCGGGGCUGCGGGCGGUGCUGGCGCGGAGGGGGCCGGGGGGCUUCGCCCGGGCGGUGAGGUCACACCGGGGGCUCCUCUUGACGGACACGACCUUCCGCGACGCCCACCAAUCCCUGCUCGCCACCCGCGUCCGCACCCGCGACCUCGCCCGCAUCGCCCCCUUCGUCGCCCACGCCCUCAGCCCCCUCUGCAGCAUGGAGACCUGGGGAGGCGCCACCUUCGACGUGGCCAUGCGGUUCCUGCACGAGUGUCCCUGGGAGCGGCUGCGGGAGCUGCGGCGCCUGGUCCCCAACUUCCAGAUGCUGCUGCGCGGCGCCAACGCCGUCGGCUACACCAACUACCCCGACAACGUCGUCUACCGCUUCUGCGAGGUGGCGGUGGCCAACGGGAUGGACAUCUUCCGAGUCUUCGACGCCCUCAACUACCUCCCCAACCUGUACUGGGGGUGGAGGCGGCCCGGCCGGGCGGGGGCGGUGGUGGAGGCCGCCCUCUCCUACACCGGGGACGUGGCCGACCCCUCUCGCACCAAAUACGGCCUCGACUACUACCUGGGCUUGGCCCGCGAGCUGGUGGCCGCCGGCACCCACAUCCUCUGCAUUAAGGACAUGGCGGGGCUGCUGACGCCGGCGGCCGCCCGGUUGCUGGUGGGGGCCCUACGGGAGCAGUUCCCCGAGGUGCCGCUGCACGUCCACACCCACGACACCGCCGGGGCCGCCGUCGCCUCCAUGCUGGCGGCCGCCAACGCCGGCGCCGACGUGGUGGACGUGGCCGUGGACGCCAUGUCCGGCAUGACCUCCCAACCCAGCAUGGGCGCCUUGGUGGCCUGCGCCCGCGGCACCCCCCUCGACACAGGCAUCGCGCUGGAGCGGGUGUUCGAGUACAGCGAGUACUGGGAGGGGGCGCGGGGGCUCUACGCCGCCUUCGACUGCACGGCCACCAUGAAGUCGGGCAACGCGGACGUCUACGAGAACGAGAUCCCGGGGGGACAAUACACCAACCUCCACUUCCAGGCCCACGCCAUGGGGCUGGGCCACAAGUUCAAGGAGGUCAAGAAAGCCUACGCCGAGGCCAACAAGCUCCUCGGGGACCUCAUUAAGGUGACGCCGUCAUCGAAGGUGGUGGGCGACCUGGCGCAGUUCAUGGUGCAGAACGGGCUGUCGCGGGAGGAGGUGGAGGCGCGGGCGGACGAGCUCUCCUUCCCCCUCUCCGUCGUGGAGUUCCUCCAGGGUUACAUCGGGACCCCCCCG